AUGUCCAGCGACAUCCUCACCCAGUUGCAAACCUGCUACGACCAACUACUCACUCAAUUCUUCUCGACCAUCAGCUAUUUGUCACAGCGACAUCCCCUGGUUGCACCUGAUCCAGACCCAAACGACCCCUUCACUUACCCACCCUCCGCGACCACAGCCACGCAGACUCCCGGCGGGGACCAGUCGCAACCACAAGGUUCUGGGCCACAACCGGGGCCCGAAGAUACAGAUCGCUCCGCGUAUCCCUUGCGUCCUGUUCCACCGCAGACUUUUGCCAAGGCGCAACGGGAACUGGCGGAGGACUUGGUGCAGAAGGGGCAGCAAAUCGAGCUGCUGAUCUCCCGAUUACCAGGAAUUGGGAGAGGCGAGGAGCAACAGGCGGAAGAAAUCAGAGUGCUGGCAGAGAAGGUGAGGGACAUGGAGGAGAAGAGGAAGGCCAAGAGAAGGGAGAUGAAAGCAUACGUGAAACGAUUAGACGAGGUCAUCAUGGGCAUGUCACGAAGCAUUGAUGAUUCCAACAUCAAUGGAGAAACGACCUGA